CAAUGUGCUCUAGUGGUGUCGUUCAGCAAAGCACACUUUAACUUUGUUUUGUUAUUGCAGACAAUCGAGUUUGAUGGACUUGUGACCUGUCCUAGAUCGAAUUUAUAUGAUUUAGAUAAGAAAUUGUCAGGUGAGAGCAGAGACACACUGAUGAAGGGUUGUGAAGAGGUCAAGAUGACGUGGGACCGUCUGUGUGCCCUGCAGGAUAGUGACCCAGUCCGUCCUGUCACUGGUGGAACCAUGACGUCAGAGCACACGACGAAGACUCCACCACGUCACGGUGACGCGAAGAAAUCCAGUUCGAGAAUGAAUACUGAAAACGUCACCAAUAACGGGAACUGUCCGUCCUAUGCGUUUCCCAGCCACCUGCAAGCUUUGCAUUGGGCGACUCAAGGUCGUGAGUCCAAACUGAGUCAUGUCGCAAACUCGGACCUGUACAGCAUCCCCGAGAGACUCAAAGACGCAGAUCACAUCCAAGUCCUCAUCACGGGCAGUUUGGGUUUGGUGACAACGGUUUACAGACUUCUUUCGAGUGAUACGUCAAACUAACCAGGCGCAGAUUUAGGCCAGGGGGGUGGGGGGUGAGGGGGCAGUGGGACUAAACCCUAUUUUUGGCGAAGUAAUUAAUUUUGCCUUUGUAUAAGGUAAAUAAUCUUGUUUAUCAACAAUCCGAGACCUACAUUACUUUAUUGUUAAAGGGACAUUCCUGAGUGUGCUGCAUUGUAAGAUGUUUCCGACUAAUAAAAUAUUUUUACGAUUAAACUUACACAUUAAAUAUAUUUUCUUGUUUAGAAUAUCAGUGACUGUAUAUUC